AUGGCGACGCAACCAAGUGACUAUACGGAGUUUCCGCCCGAGAUAAUUCUAAAGCCACUGGCUCUGAUCGGGUUGUCUGGGCUCGAUGCAGUGAACAAUGCUGUGCAUAAGGAGAUAUGGGAUGCCUUCUCUAACAAUCGCCGCGCAGACCGCACACCAGUGCGUUUUAAAUUACUUAAUAAUACAUUCGAGUUUCCAGUGGUUAAACCUAAAAGAAAUUCGUACGAGUGGUACAUACCUAAAGGAGUGUUAAAGAAGAACUGGAUCCAUAAGCGUGUUGCACUGAUUCCGGCGGUAGUUGUUAUAUUUUAUGAUAUGGACUGGAAUGAUCCCCAAUGGAAUGAAAAAAUCAUUGAGUGUGCAUCCAAAGUGCAGUCAAUACGCGCGGCGGUAGAAGGGCACUCGACGCGUGUAGCCGUCGUCGUUAUACAGAGUCGUUUGUCACCGCCACCUUCUGAAUAUAUGUUGGGUGCUGAGAGAGCUCAGGCCCUCUGUGCAGCUUGUGAAAUACAGUCCAAGUCACUCUUUGUGCUCCCUCACAGUGAUCAUCUCAUGGGCUACAUUCUUCGUUUAGAAAACGCAUUUUAUGAUAUUGCUCAGAACCAUUACCAUCAUGAAACAAAAAAUAUUAAACAACACAGAGACCAUCUGAAUAAAACAACUCACCAGUAUUUAUUUGUGAGGCACCAGUUUAAACUGGGCUAUCUCAAUGAGUUGAAGCAAGACCUAAGCACAGCUCAUAAGCAUUAUAUGCAUGCCUAUAAUAACCUGCUUGAGUCUAGGAUUGUGGACACCAACACUCAUGAAGUGAGAACUGUGGCUGGGUAUAUCAAUUAUAAACUUUGUAAACUAUUGUUUGCUCUAAAUCUUCCAAGAGAUGCAAUAGCUCAGCUUAAGUCACACAUUGAAAGAUAUAAAAAUAGGAUUGGGUCUACAGAGUUGUUGUUUGAACAUUAUGCUUGGAUUGCUAGACAAUACAGUGCCUUUGGAGAAUUGUUUGAUGAAGCAAUACGGGCAGGGCUUCCAGCUAUACAGUCACAGCAUCCAGGGUUCUACUACCAACAUGCAGCUCAAUUCACUGUAAAGAGAAGACAAGCAAUGCGAUCGGUGUGUACUGAUGCCACACAAUACCCACCACCUCCAGAUCCACUAGAAGGUAUUGUUGAAUUUUAUGGUCAAAGGCCAUGGAGACCAGGACGCCUGAGUGCUGACCCUCAUGACCCUCAAAAAGAACAAGCAGCUGUUAUGGCUCUACAACACAAUGAGAGAGUAUUUAAUCAUUCAAGUAUGAUCAUUAGCUUCCUGGGCUGUGCAAUCUCACAAUUCAAAACAUUCCACUCUCCUCGAAUGAGAAAACAGCUGGUGGUUGAAAUGGCAAAUGAAUACUUCUACUCAGCUGAUUAUGGCAAGGCUCUUACACUGUUAACUCACAUGCUGUGGGACUACAGAAGAGAGAAGUGGUGGUUUGUAGCUUCACAUGUGUUGAACAGAGCUCUGCAAUGUGCAUAUUUAUCUGCCAAAAUACAAGACUACGUACAGCUGUCCAUUGAAGCACUCUCAAAAUAUAUUCAAGUGCCAAACAAUGAUAAAGACAGAAUAUUUACAAAUAUUAUGUCAGUUCUAAAUCUCAAGAUUCCUGCUGCAGAACCAGAUCUACCACUUUCAUCUCAACAGAAGGCUCUGGACCUGUGGCAGUCAGCUAUAGAUAAAGAACCACUUUUAGUUCCUGUCGAUAUGGCUAACAUUGCUAGCUUUUUGGAAGUGAAGCUAAAAUUUAAACAGCCGAGGUAUAGAAUGGAUGAAAUUAUUGAAAUAGAGUUGUAUGUGAGACUGUCCUACAAUACAAUCCUUGAAGUCAAGCAAUGCUUUAUAGCCAUUUCUAGUCACACUGAAACCAUUGAAAUUCCAAUUACAGAAAAUGGCAGCUCUCUUAUAACAUUGGAAGGUGGGAAGGUCAAAAGGUUUCUGUGUCAGUUUAAACCAAAUCCACGUGACAGUGGCACAGAUUUGCACAUUAAAAAUGUGUCCUUUGUCCUUGACUCUGAUUGUAAAAGGAAGAUUGUAAUGAACUUUAAAAUAGAUGAAAACAAAGUGUCUGAGUCAACUAUCCAUCCUGAAUUGUUACAUUUCAUAAGGAGUCCUAAAACUGAUUAUGAAUUUGACUGCAUUGUGCCUUUAACCGUAGCAUCAGUAACAUCAAGAGAGUGCAAGCUAUCACUACUUGUGAACAACUCCAGUCCAGCUCUCCAAGGCGAAUGGUUUCCUUCUACUUUUACAAUUACUAAUAAUGAAGAAAGCCCUGUGUAUAAUGUUAAGAUAACACUGUCUUUACUAAGUUCUCCUGAUAAUCCAAACCCUGACUCUGUGACAGAACUGAGUCUCAAGGAGAGAGAACCUCAAACACAGCCACUUAAAUUAAAUGUGGGUAGUAUUCACACAACAGAAAGUUAUUCAAACAUGUUUUAUUUAAAGACAAACAGAACGGCAACUACAACUGUUCAAAUAAAGGUCUCCUACAUCAUUGACCUGCCAGAAAUAUCUAAAUUGGAAUGCACUAAAGAUUUUACAACAAAAAUUACAGUGAUCAAACCAUUUGAGGUGGCCACUAGUUUUGUAGAUAUUAAUUUUCAACCUAUUUCAAAAUGUUUUGUAGAUGAUCCUUUUAUUGUCAUGCCACAAAUAAAGAUAUUAAGUCCUUGGGACUUACUAAUAGUAGAUACUGAUUUAGAGGUUGUUGACUGCUUUAGACAUAGUGAUGCCAAGAAACCAAUUUCCUGCAUUAGAAAUCUAGAAGUUGCUGAAAAGAAUGUAGCAUCUGAUGCUGUCUGUAUACAAGCCAAACACAAGCCAAGAGAUAACCCUACAAGAGUUGGGUUGUACAAUAUAACAUGGAGAAGAAAGACCAGCACCAGCCACUGUGUGAUGAGCAGCACUGCACUUGCUGAUCUGCCUAUUGAUGACUGUCCUAUAGCCAUUAAAGUCAAUUAUCCAGAAGUUGUGGAACUGCUCACAUCGGUUCCACUUAAAUGUACUCUGUUUGGAAAGUGUGCUACUCCUAUCAGACUCAGUGUGACCGUAGAGGGCACUGAUGCUUACAUGUUCUCUGGAUACAAGAAGUUGUCUGUUACAGUUCCUCCAAAGGGUAGAGUAGAGCUAUGUUACAACAUUCACCCUCUAGUCGCUGGCAACACCACUCCUCCACGAUUAAAAGCUACUGUAAUCGGAGGUGGUGUAAGCCAGGAAUUAAUCAGUGAAAUGUUUGAAAAGAUCUUUCCUCAGAAUAUAUUUGUUAUGCCUAAGUACAAUAAAUGA